UCCUGCUCCCGGUUCCUCUGACAGCUGCUCUGUGUGAAACGGGAAGACAUUUUGAGCCGUUGCGGUCGGUCCGGUCCGUUAGUCGUGUGUCAGCCUGAAGUCCGGGCUGACCUGCUGAGAAGUUAGCCUCCACAUUGAGCUACAAUCGAAGAAAAGACGAGAUUUUUAAGAAGUUUAACCGGCGUAUGCGCUUGCACAGCUAUCUACGUUAACGCAUCGAGCUGAACUACAAAAGCUAGCAAAGUCCUAGAUGCUAGUUAGUUAGCGUCACCUAGCUGGCCUGCCCUCCUCCUCUUCCUCCUCCUCCUCCUCCUUCUCCUCCUCCUCGACAGCCGGUCCCGUCACGCCGACACAAUGGCUUUAAAACGAAUCAGCAAGGAAUUAACCGAUCUGUCCAGAGAUCCUCCGGCUCAGUGCUCUGCCGGGCCCGUCGGUGAAGACAUGUUUCAUUGGCAAGCUACUAUUAUGGGGCCGCCUGACAGUCCCUAUCAGGGCGGAGUUUUUUUCCUGACUAUACAUUUCCCUACAGAUUAUCCCUUCAAACCACCCAAGGUCGCCUUCACAACAAGAAUUUAUCACCCAAAUAUUAACAGUAAUGGCAGCAUCUGCUUGGAUAUAUUGAGAUCACAGUGGUCUCCAGCAUUAACUAUCUCUAAAGUCCUUUUGUCCAUUUGUUCUCUGUUAUGUGACCCGAACCCUGACGACCCGCUAGUGCCAGAGAUCGCCCGCAUCUACAAAACAGACCCCACCAAGUACAACAGGACAGCUCAGGAAUGGACUCAGAAAUAUGCCAUGUGAUGGUCCUCACUGCUGGAACAAACUCUUUGAUUUUCUCCUCCUCCUCAUCAGCCAAUAACAGCAAUUUGUUCAUGUUUCUGUUCGUCCUCUUCCUCACCUUUAAACGCUUUUAAAUUCUUUGUUUGCCCUUUUCCUGCUUUCUCAAAAGAUAAUAAAUUAAACAAAAUGAGGGCCGAGGACUCUGAGCUGUGAAUGUGCCAACUGAAAAAAAGAAAACAAAAAAAAACACCACACAAACCGAAGAGGACUCAGUCAGACCUGAGCGGACGGAGAACUGUUACAAUAAAUAAUGAGAAUAAUUUAAUGCAUGUCAGUGAUUGGUUCAUGUGCUGCUGAGAUCUGUCCAAUUUUUAAAGAAAUUAAAAGAAGACAGCUUUUUGGUUUUAUUCAGUUUUUCUUGUUGUUUUUUUGUUUUUAGACGAGAGAGCCGUUAGUUCAUCCAUCAUCCACACACUGUUCUCCUCUUUUUGCACUGAAGAUGAAACUCAAAGCUCUCAAUGGCUGAUUGAUCAACUAAUAGCUCUGUGAUGUUUUCUUUUCUCAAUAAAGUUGAACAAAUUGCA